GGACAUCAAUGAUUCUUUUAUUUCAUACAAUUAUUCAAUAAAUGAACACAUUUUUUCUAUUUAUCAUUUAUUGUUGUUGUUAGAUUAUAACGUCACCAACAGUGGCGUGACGAUCGCUAGAUUUGUUACUCACAACGUUUCAUAUCCCUCAUAUUAUUCUAACUAAAUAAAAACAUCAGUAACAAACUAGUGAGACGACACAAUUGUCUGAUAGUUAUUUUAAAUAAUAUUUAUAAAAACAAUUGAUUUAAUUUGCGUAAUUAUUGACGAUUUGAAAAGAAGAUUAUUUAUAGAUAAGUUAUUUAUUGAAACGUAGUAUUUAUGUAUGAUUAUUUUUAUAUUAUGUGCUGAAAUUGAAUCAUAAGUGUGAAUAAAAGAGCAGUUAUUUAAUUAAGUUGUGAUUUGUUAUCUAUAAAAGUUACUUUUGAAGCAAUGAAAGUCAGACUGAUUUUGAUUAUUAUAAUUUUUUGUGUUAUUGGAAGAACGAGGUCGAAGUCUUGGAGAGAUAAAAAUUGGAAUCGAUCACCAGUGAUUUUUAUUCCAGGAGAUGGUGGAAGCCAAGUUGAAGCUAAACUUAAUAAAACUACUGUUCCACAUUACCUUUGUGAAAAAACAUCGGAUUUUUUCAAUAUUUGGUUGAAUCUGGAGCUGUUGGUGCCUAUCAUCAUUGACUGUUUCAUUGAUAACAUGAAAUUAGUGUACGACAAUAAAACACGAACUACAAGUAAUACACCAGGUGUUGAAAUAAGAAUACCAGGUUGGGGUGAUUCAUUCCCUGUGGAGUAUUUAGAUCCCAGUAAAGCAUCACCAGGAUCUUACUUCAAAGACAUUGGAAAUAUGUUGGUUAAUGAUUUGGGAUAUGUUAGGAAUUUUUCCCUUAGAGGGGCACCUUAUGAUUUCAGAAAAGCUCCAGAUGAAAAUGGAGAAUUUUUUGUUAAACUGAAAAAUCUCGUUGAAGAAACCUACAUCAUGAACAACAAACAACCAAUAACCUUGAUAGCCCAUAGUAUGGGUGGUCCCAUGAGUCUAUUGUUCCUUCAAAGACAAAGUCAAUCAUGGAAAAAUCAGUACAUCAAACGUUUAAUAACUUUGGCAGCUGUAUGGGGUGGAUCAGUUAAAGCACUAAAAGUAUUUGCAGUUGGUGACAAUUUAGGUACUUAUGCAUUAAGAGAAAGUAUUUUAAAAGAUCAACAGAUCACAAGUCCUAGUCUAGGGUGGUUGACUCCAUCAAGUCUUUUCUGGAAAGAGAGUGAAAUUCUAGUCGAAACACCGCAUAAAAAUUAUACUUUAUUGGAUUUACAUCAAUUUUUUAUAGAUGUUAAUGUGCCAAAUGGAUGGGAAUUCCGGAAGAAUAAUGAAAAGUUUCAAAAUGAUUUUACAGCGCCUGGUGUUGAGAUUCAUUGUUUGCAUGGAGUCAAUGUCAGCACUAUAGACAAAUUAUAUUACAAACCCGGAGUGGCAAUGAACAGUGACCCACAGUUCAUCCUUGGAGAUGGCGAUGGAACAGUCAAUUUAAGGAGCCUCGAAGGAUGUCUCCAUUGGCAGACUAAACAAAAACAAAAGAUUUAUUAUAAAACUUAUGGCAGCGUUGACCAUAUGGAUAUUCUAAGAAAUAGGCAGGUUCUAGAUUACAUAGAAGAUGUGAUGAAAACUUGACUCGUUUAAAUACAUUGUUUUUUAAAAUGUAUUUUAUAGUUAAUUAUUUUUAUAAAUUGUUAACGAGUUCCAUUUUAUCAAACUAAUGAUGUAAUUAAAGGUUGAAAACAAAGUAGGAUAAAUUAAUUGUUUAUUACAAGUGUGCAAUUAAAAAUUUGAAUUUUGUUUUAUUUAAUUUUUGUAACAAAAUAUUUUAGCUAUUGGCUCUCUAUUUUUAAUACUCAACCAUGAAACCUCAUUUUGUUUGUAG